AUGAUUUCAUCAUCUUUUAAAUCAGACAAGAAACGAAGACGACUGUGGGUCAACUUUAUCCGCACGAAGCGUGCAAAAUGGUCACCGACUGCAAACUCUCGACUUUGUUCAGAGCAUUUUCGGGCCGAGGACUUUGAAAGCCGUUUUAUAUCUAUUCCUGGGACGCCGUUUGUACCCAGUACUGUCUUAAAAGAAGACGCUGUUCCAUCCAUCCACAAGAAACAAGACGAAGAAYCAAGCGAACAAGUCAACAAUGCUUCUAGCUCCAYGAGAGGGCAUCGCCGGAUCGUAAGGGAAUUGCUGAAGGAAACAAUUUAUCAAAAUAACCAUGUGCCGGGUACUGAGCAAGACCCACAAGAUCCUGAACAAACGACGACGCCAGAAGACAAUACGACAACAUGUUGCUCUAGUAACAGUGAACCAGCCGACUUCUCUACUCCUGUUGAACAGCCUUUUCAUGAUGCUUCCUGUCAAACACCAGAGUGUUUGGGCUGCAAGAAAUUGUCCAGUCAUAAUCGGCAGCUCCGAAACAAGAUCAUCGACCUAAAAAAGAAAAUAGAAGAACAGCAAACUAAAAUUCGGGAGCUAAAAGUACCUGUAACUGAAAGUUCUGGCAUGACAGCCACUUYAGAGAACGUGACCACYGAGGAACCUGUUCAUGAUGAAAUCGUAGCUGUGGAGAGCGAGGGCGAGGACGAAGAUAUGAUUAUCGAAGAAGAACCACAGAUUUCUUCUCCAGAGUAUAAAUUGUUCUCGGAAACCGAAACUGAAACGGAGACAGAUAUGACGGAUGCAGAAACGACUCAAGAUGAUGAAAAACCACAAGUCAUAAAGACCAAGGACUCUGACAAUUUGAGAUCCCAGCCAAAGUUUAUAGUGUUCCUGUCUAGGCUGCUCCUGCUGUUCAAUAUAUGUCCUGCAUGCAAGACUGAGAAGCCCUUUGUAGAGUCCACUGCCCUUGGAACAAUGGUCCAGAUUACCACCAUAUGUGUCAACCCCCAUUGUCCAUCACCAAGGAAUACCUGGGAAAGCCAGCCUAACAUGACAGCAACCAAGAUGCCAGCCAUGAAUUUCUUGCUUUGCUUUUCGAUCUUGGUUUCAGGGGCCUCUCCAUCAAAAGUCAUUCAAGUCUUCAAGAACAUGGGCCUGGCUUGCAUUACCCUAAAGACUUACUUCAAGCACCAAGCUACGAAAUUGUUUCCCACAAUCCAUUUAUACUGGAAAAAAUAUCAGCAAGACAUGUUCGCCAAGCUGAAAGAAACAGGGCAGCCAUUGGUUAUUGCUGGAGAUGGGCGCCACGAUAGUAUGAGCCAUAGUGCCAAGUACUGURCAUAUACCAUUUUCUGUUGUACUGUUCCCCUUAUCUUUGACUUCUCAUUAACUCAGAGAAAUGUUGCWGGUAACAGCCAAGCAAUGGAGCCCCUUGCAUUUAGAAAAUGCAUGGAAAGCCUUGUGGCAUCUGGACUUGCUUUCGACUCCCUUAUCACAGAUCGCCAUACGUCCAUUSCAAAAUUCAUGAGGGAAAAUUUUAAGAACAUCAAACACUACUUUGAUCUGUGGCAUCUGCAAAAGAAGGUACACAAAGUCCUAACUAAGAUCAGCAAGGAGAAAGAUGGGGAAUGUCUGUCCGACUGGAUCAAGCCUUGCGAAAAUCACCUGCUGUGGAGUGCCACGUCCACGCCAUCUGGAGAUGGGGAAUUGAUAUGGGCCAAAUUUGUUUCAUUUUUGUCCCAUAUCAUCMACAAGCAUUCUGACCUAGAAAAUGACAAAUUUAAUGAGUGUGCACAUGAGGAGCUAAUAGGGGAUAGAAGAUGGCUUGAAGAAGAUACACCAGUUUACGACAAAGUGUGUUCUGUCUUAACAAAACCCUCAUUGAUGAAGGGCAUCAAGAAGGCAUCACCAUUGGCCCAGACAAGUUGUUUAGAGGGUUUUCACUCUGUUGUAAACCAGUAUGCACCAAAAAUGACAGCCUACUCUUAUCAAGGGAUGUACUGCAGGCACAUAAUUGCAGCUGUCCAUUUUAACUACAACCUUCAACGUGAUGUCCGACACAGCGAAGAUGGGACAGAACAAGUUAGGAUAGUUUAUCCCAAAUUCAAAAACGGCGAAGCAACUGUUCGCAGUGUUAGAGUAAAGCCAAAUCAUGGUAUAAAAACGGUAUACCUACUAGCUCUAAAAUAUUUGACCUUAACUUACAUGUAUUUCUUAUCUUUGUUUUGUUAACAGAUUACAUUGAAGACAUUUACACAACUUUUAUUG